AUGGGCUCCUGGCAAAGUACGAGUGAUACUGGAGAUCUGAACAGCGGUUUGUCAGCUGCACAGGGACAGAGUUGUUCUCAACAACCAAGCGGAACAAAUUUGACAACUUUUGACAAUUCUGAAGAGUUGAACUAUGAUUUGACAGUUGAAGAAUUGAGAAACCUUUUGGAAACUACAAGAAUUGAACGCAGAUGUCAUGCUAUUCUACAAAGGACUAUACAUAUAGAGGAGUGUUAUGACCCUGCAGACACCACACUUGAAUUUUUCGAUGCAGAUGAUGAAAUUAAUUUUGAGUGCACUGACUACAAGUCCCUCAGAGCACGGAUGUCCUGUGGACACACUGUCACUCCCAUGUCUCCCACCAACUGGUUUCGCAGGUUAUUGGACAAGGGAAGCAGCGGUGUGUCAACGGAAGAGGAGAAGUGUUAUGACCCUGCAGACACCACACUUGAAUUUGUCGAUGGAGAUGAUGAUAUGGAUUUUGAGUGCACUGACUACAAGUCCCUCAGAGCACGGAUGUCCUGUGGACACACUGUCACUCCCAUGUCUCUCACCAAAUGGUGUCGCAGGUUAUUGGACAAGGGAAAGAGCAGAUUUGUGUGUGGCCAAACUGACUGUGAUGUUGAGUGGCCAUAUGAAGAGGUUCGUAAAAUGGCUCUUCUAACCACUGAAGAAACUGAGUACUUUGAAAAAAAAAUGUUUCAGAGAGUUGCCAAAGAUUCCUUGGACGUCAAAACCUGUCCUAGCUGUAAGUCAUCUGUGGUGAGGACUGACCUCAAUAAUUUAAGGGUCCGCUGCACACUGUGCACAGCUGACAAAAACAAGACUUAUGAAUUCUGCUGGCAGUGUCUGAGGGAAUGGGAACAUCCAUCUCCACAUUCAUUCCGCUGUGCAUAUGAUGAUUGCAUCAGUAAGCCACUACAAAUAUUGAAAACCUGUCCAAACAUCACCUUUGAGAAUGUGAAGGAUGUCACUGGCUGUCCGUCCAUCCGUGCCUGUCCCACCUGUGGCUUGCUGAUUGAGCAUGACAAAACAAAAUGUAAAAACAUUAUCUGUCCCCGGUGCGAGGUGGAGUUCUGUUUUGCAUGCCUGAGGCUCACUGUAACUGUCUGA